UUGCAAAUGAUAUGCCAAGCUUUCUGCAAUGGCUUCCUCUGACAAGAAGUCAAUGGACAUAAACAUAAUGCUUACUAUUUCCUCUCUUUAUAUUGUCUUCACUUCCGAAAAAUACAGUUCUUUCUUCGUCCCUCAAGAAAAAAUAAAAUGGCAAACUUAACACUCAAAGCAAAGUGCUUUUGCUCUCUCUCACACAACAGAAACACACAAACCUCAGUCUUCAAAACAACCACCUCAUUCAAGAACAAUUCUUUACAUUUCCUUCACUCUGGAAACAGCUUGAAGUUCAGGGUUUGGUGUGGUGUUAAAGAGAAAGAGAACGUGAAAGAAAGUGAGAGGGUCCCUGAUGUACCCGCUGGACUAAAAAAAGUUGAUGAGCUGGACCCCAAGAGGGGUUCAAGUUUGGAUUUUGAGCAGAGAUUGGGGGAUGAUAGUGGGUCUAGUGAGGUGGGUUUUGAUUGGAAAUGGCCUCCAUGGAAGAAUAUCCCUCUGAGAUAUAAGCUUAUUGGCACGACAUCACUUGCCUUUGUUAUUUGUAACAUGGACAAGGUGAACUUGAGUGUUGCAAUAAUUCCUAUGUCUCACCAAUUUGGAUGGAAUGCAUCAACGGCUGGGCUAGUGCAAUCAUCCUUCUUUUGGGGGUAUGCUUUGAGCCAAUUACCAGGAGGCUGGCUUGCUAAGAUUUUUGGUGGGAGAAAAGUUCUUCAGAUUGGAGUAUUGACAUGGUCAGUGGCUACAGCACUUCUUCCUUUUCUUGCUGGAUAUAUGCCUGGAUUUGUGUUGUCAAGGGUUUUGGUUGGAAUAGGAGAAGGAGUUUCCCCCUCUGCGGCAACCGACCUCAUUGCCAGGUCGAUACCUUUGGAAGAGCGAUCACGAGCUGUAGCAUUUGUCUUUGGGGGACUAAGUGUAGGAAGUGUUACAGGGCUUCUUUUAGCUCCUCCGCUUAUUCAAAAUCUUGGUUGGGCAUCUGUAUUUUAUAUAUUUGGCUUUCUUGGGGUGGCCUGGUUUUUGGGGUUUCAAUAUCUUGAAGAGGGACAGGCUUCAUUCGCUGCCAAACCUACUUCACGGUCCCAAUCUAUCUAUUCAGAAAAAUCAUCAAGUAAUGCUGUUGGAGAGUUGGGUGGCUCACUGAAGGAUGUUCCAUGGAAGGCAUUUUUCCAAACCCCAGCUGUAUGGGCAAUGAUAUAUGCUCACUUUUGUGGAAGUUGGGGUCAUUAUACUUGUUUAUCUUGGCUUCCUUCUUAUUUUAGUGAGGAGCUGAGCCUGAAUUUGACAGAAGCUGCAUGGGUUUCUAUCCUUCCUCCCUUGGCUUCAGUUUUCGUGACUAGCAUUGCCGCACAGCUUGCUGACAAGUUAAUUUCCAAUGGAGUUGAAAUCACUACGGUGAGAAAGAUUUGCCAAACAAUUGCCUUUUUGUCUCCUGCUCUUUGCAUGACUCUCUCCUCUGUGGAUCUAGGAUUGCCUCCCUGGGAGAUUGUGGGAAUUCUCACUGGUGGCUUGGCCCUCUCAAGCUUUGCCUUGUCUGGACUUUACUGUACGCAUCAAGAUAUGUCUCCUGAAUAUGCAAGUAUACUUUUGGGCAUUACCAACACUGUCGGAGCAAUACCUGGAAUUGUAGGGAUUCCCUUGACUGGUUAUCUACUUGAUACAACUCAUUCAUGGAGUAUUUCAUUGUUCGUUCCAUCAAUUUUCUUUUACUUGACCGGUACCAUUGUAUGGUUGGCAUUUGCCAGCAGCAAGCCUCCAAACUUUUCCAAGACGGAUUGACAUUGGAUGAAGCAUCCAAAUUAGAGAACACACAAUUGAAUAUGUUUGUUCAUUAAACUUCUUUUCCAUAGCAUUUGGUGGAAAUUGCCUCAUCUCCUAUAGUCAGCUUCUUCAUUUGUAUACUAAACAUAAUGCAUGGUUGACUUUGUGGUCUUGGCUGGCCACCAACAUGUAAUUGACAUGCUUGUUGUCCUACUGUUUUUUAAGGCUCGCGUUUUAUGGUAUGCCUUUGAAAGCUCAAAAACUUUGUUAUACCAA